GUAACAGCUAGCACACUACGGUGUGCCGUUUGUGACCAAGAGCAGAACGCGCGAAGUGAGAGAAUACGGCCCACAUUUCAGCGUUCUUUUGACAGAAAGGUCUUCUGUUGAUCCUUUAAAUGAAGUUUAGUUAAUAUUCCUUGUGAACAAGCAGCAACAUGGACAAUCCAAAACGGAAAUUAAGAUCUGGGAAGGAGAUUUCAAAGGACCAGGGUCAAUCUAAGAAAAAGGUCAAUGAUACUGGCACAGAAGAUGUUUCAUCUGCACCUAAAACUGUUAAAUCAUCUGCAAAUUCAGGAUGUAUAAAUAUUGUAGAAGUAAGUGAACAUGUUGGGACAGCUACGGUGGAGGACCCGUCCAGAACCACGCAGUCUAAUGAACAUGGCUCUCCAGAAACAACUGAUGCUUUGGUUUGUUUAUUUUGCAACUUUGUUGCAAAAACUCAAACUGCACUGAAAAUUCACUCAACAAGGAAACACUCUCAUAAAGCAGGCUUACAAAAUGAUAACGUCUCUGACAUUAUUGCACCAGGGUUAAUUCCAUUGCAGAACAAACUACAAUUACAAGGAAUUAAAAACCAAACACAUCUUUCAGGGUUGCAACUGGACAGCACUUCCGUGUCUCUGUCAGAGGAAAACAAGCAAUCAGACACCAAUGUGGCUCAAACAGUGAGUGAACAUAAACAUCAGCUCCUUGUAGAUGAGGUUGUAAUAUCAGAGAAGGUUGUUAAUAUUUCUGAGGAUGGAAGAACCAGCCCCACUCGUAUGUUGCUGGAAAUAGUUGAGCCCACUUCAUGUAGAUGUCAGGAUGGUGAAGACACAAAUGAGACCUGUAAAGAUGGUGAUGAUAUGCAAGUACAUGAAGUCAUAGAUGGACACAGUCCUGACACGGAAAUUAAGAGGCAAGAUAAUAAAAAACAAAAUGUCCACAAUGUCUGUAGCUUUUCUUGUGUUACAGAAUGUGAUCAUGAGAAGCAGUGCAUGAGCGUAAUGCGCAACCAAAGGACAACUCCAAAUGAAGACAAGGCUCAGCAUCAAUGUGACAGGUGCACCUUCACAGCCAACAGCUCUGUAAUGUUAGCCCAGCACAUUAAAACUCACCAUCCAGUGGAGCACCGUUUCCACUGCAGUGCCUGCCAUUACUACACCACCACAAAAGAGGCCAUGGAGGUUCAUCUGUCUGAAGAAGUCCACCAACAGGCAGCCAAAGAGAAAGACAUUAGCCCUUUAUUUAAAGACUGUGUUGAAAAAAUCCUUGUGAUUCUUUCAGAUCAAAGGGAGGACGAAGAAAUAAAUGAGAGUGACACUCAUGAAGAGUCCUCUAAAGAAACUGAGAGGGUUCAGGAAAUCGAAUAUGUCCUACCAGAGCCAGCCGAAGCUGAAAGGAAAAAUUCUCUUCACAAACGAAAGCGAGGCAGACCGAAGACAUCUAAUGUGACUGUUUGUAGUCAUUGUGGGCUUGUUGCUUCCAAUGCCACCAACCUCAGUGUCCAUAUAAGACGCAGGCACAGUCGGUUGUAUAGCUUUGUUUGUAAGCUGUGCAAUUAUUAUUGUGUAACCAAGGGUGACAUGGACCGCCACUGUGAAACUAAAAAACACAUCAACAGAAUGCAAGCAGCCGGAAGUGAAGGCAGUGGGGUAGUUCUGCUAGAUUCUGAGCAGCCAAGUCAAGCCAAGAUAAAUGAGGCAGAAGUGGGUGACAAAGUAUCAGUGAUUGAGACACCUAUUGAUGAAGGGGACAAAAACAACUCAAGUGUACCAUGUAAGAAAAGCAGGUAUGACCUGAGUAAUAUCUGUACUCAGUGUGACUUCGUUGCUCACUCAACGCCGUCUCUGGCUCUUCAUGUGCGACGCAAACACACAAAAGACUUUGAGUUUGUUUGUUUAGCAUGCAGCUACUACACAGUAACCCGUAGAGAGAUGUUUAGACACAUGGCAACAGAAAAACACAAGCAAAAACGUGAGUGCUACCUGAAAAAACAAAACCAAAGCUUUAAAACUGUUCAGGCAUCUGUGGCCAUAAAGUCCACAGUUGAAGACCCAGAGACAAUAACAGGAUCAGAAGUGUUCCAUGACAGUACUAUUUUGACAUCUUCAGGCACCACUACUAAAGAUGAAGAUAAUUCAGCAAAGAUAGGUGAAGAUAAUUGUGCAAAUGAAGAUGAAGCAAUACAGUCUGUUGAAAAGAGUACUUCUGUAGACAAUGAAGAAUCCUCAACUAAUCCAGAUGAAUCAAAUGUAUCUGACAUGGUCCAGUCAAUGACAGUGACGAAAGAUGCAAUGCUGGAGGAUAUGAAUGAGGAAAAUUUGUUUGAAGAUGAAAUUACUGAUAUGGGAGAUGACAGUCCCUCUAGUGAGAAACACCUUAGAGCGAUACAGUUUGAUGCAUGCAUCUAUCCCUUAAAAACAUUAGCAGAGCACAAGCAGGCAUUGCAGGAUGAAGAACAAACUACAGGCGCAUUAAACCAGCAGGGCAUCAAAAAGCCUAAAACACUGGUUGGACCUGAGACCAAGACUACCAAACCAAUUCCACGUAUCCGCUGUGAGGACUGUGGUUUUUUGGCAGAUGGCUUAAGUGGAUUAAAUGUUCAUAUCUCCAUGAAGCAUCCAUCAAAGGAGAAACAUUUCCAUUGCUUGUUGUGUGGAAAGUCCUUCUACACGGAGAGUAACUUACAGCAGCACUUAAGCAGUGCAGCACAUAUGCGCAAUGAGCAUGGAAGCACUGAAGAUCUUCCAGAAGGAGGUGCCAGCUUCAAAUGUGUCCGAUGCAGUGAGCCCUGCCAAACUGAGCAGGAACUAUUUGUGCAUAUCAAAGAGAAACAUGAGGAACUGCUGAGAGAAGUAAACAAAUAUGUGUUGGAGGACACUGAGCAGAUCAACCGUGAGCGGCAGGAAAACCAGGGCAAUGUGUGCAAGUACUGUGGAAAAGUAUGCAAGAGCAGCAACUCCAUGGCUUUCCUGGCUCACAUUCGCACACACACAGGAUCUAAACCAUUCAUGUGCAAAAUAUGUAAUUUUGCUACUGCUCAGCUUGGUGACGCCCGCAACCAUGUUAAAAGACAUCUAGGUAUGAGAGAGUACAAGUGUCACAUCUGUGGAUGGGCGUUUGUGAUGAAGAAACACCUCAACACUCAUCUGUUAGGAAAGCAUGGACUGGGCCAGCCCAAAGAGAGAAAGUUUGAGUGUGAGCUGUGCGAGCGGAGCUUCAGUGAGAAAUGGGCUCUAAAUAACCACAUGAAGCUGCACACGGGCGAUAAGCCAUACAAGUGUGGAUGGCCCUCGUGCCAUUAUGCUUUCCUGACUCUGUCUGCUAUGAAGGACCAUCACAGGACACACACAGGAGAGAAGUCUUUCUUGUGUGAUCUCUGCGGAUUUGCUGGUGGAACCCGUCAUGCCCUGACCAAACAUCGGCGCCAACACACAGGCGAACGGCCCUUCAAGUGUCAGCUGUGCAAUUUUGCAUCAACCACACAGUCCCACCUGACACGCCACAAACGUGUGCAUACAGGCGAGAAGCCCUAUCGCUGCCCUUGGUGUGACUACAGAUCUAACUGCGCAGAAAAUAUCCGAAAACACAUCCUGCACACAGGCAAGCAUGAUGGGGUGAAGAUGUAUAACUGUCCCAAGUGCAGCUACGCCACCAAUGCCCCCAUGGACUUCAGAAAUCAUCUCAAAGAGACUCACCCUGACAUUGAAAACCCAGACCUGGCUUACCUGCAUGCAGGAAUUGUGUCCAAGUCCUUCGAGUGCCGCCUGAAGGGACAGGGGGCAUCCUUUGUCCAGGCAGACUCUUCGUUCGCACCUGAGGAAAGUGAACUGGGUUCUGAGGCUGUUCAGCAGGUCAUCAUCAUCCAGGGCUACAGCGGAGGAGAGGUGGCCAUCGAUCAGACCCUUGAGGAGUCGGCUGCUGCUACUUUGCAGACCCUUGCUAUGUCCAGUCAGCUCGCCGAAGUGCUACACAUCACUGAGGAUGGGCAGCUCAUCACAUCGGGUCAGGAAGUGUCGACAGUGACAGGAGGGCAGACCACUCAGUACGUGCUGGUGGAGUCUUCUGGAGAGACCGUAGCAGAAGCAAGACAGGAAGGGGAGGAGGCUGUGCACAGCGUGUCUGAGUCUUCCUCUGCUCUGGAUGCUUUGCUUUGUGCCGUGACAGAGUUGGGACAACAGGGCUGCACUAGAGAUGGAGAAAUUACCACCACCACCACGGUGUCAGAACAUGUGCCAGAAGAGAAGUGCGAAGGUCAGACCUCUCAGACACAGAGACAAAGUGAAGGACAGGUAUAUGAGGAGAGGGCAGAAGUGGGUGUGGUGACUCAGGUAAUGGGCUCUACCCAUGAGCACACGUCUGAGGAAAUGCAAGAGGUGCUACAGUUUGCUGCCAGUCAGCUGAUGAUGAAGGAGGGUCUUACUCAAGUUAUUGUCAAUGACGAGGGGACACAUUACAUAGUCACACAGCUGGACGACUCUACACUGCAUGUUGAGGGCACUGUAGAGGAUCCAUCCAGACAGGAGACGAUAGUGUACUCAGAAAUUAGUCCUGAAUGAGGUGAAGAUGAGAUUUUGAGAGUAUAUUUUACAGAAUUUGAAAUCCAUUUUUUGUCGUAAGAAGGUGAACUCAGGUCAAAAUCUAACAUAUGUCAAAACCAAGAUAUUAGGAUUGCUUCUUUUUUCAGUUAAACAUAUGUAGAUAUUUAGAUUAUUAAUGAAAACCUUGUUAAACAUACACCUUCUGUGUCUUAUUCCUUUAUGUAUUUUAGUUUUGAGAUACCUUUUCUUGUGCGGUAAGUGGAUUCAGGAUUGAGGACUAGACAUCUUAACAAAUCUCCAGACAACGUAUUUGAUAAAGACGAUGUGUAAAACUCCAUUAAUUCUCAUAAACCAUUUAAAUCAAUAUGUGUAUUUAUGACCUGCUUGUGAUUUGUUUUAUUAUUAUUAUUAUUAUUAAAAAAUGUGAACCUUUGAAGAUAUUUUCCAGUAAAAUUUACCAUUUAAAAAAUUUCCCUUUUGAGAGUUUGACUUGCAAAUAAAGAGAGAAAUCCAUUUUGAGGGUUUGUCUUGUAAAUAAAGAACUCACCUGUUUGUUGAUUUUUA